CAAUGCAUUCUGGAGCCGUCCCCGCUCUUCUGUCGGGAUCCACCGCUAACGUGAAGCUGUGGGGAGGACCCAGAGUUUCUUCAGACAUGUCUGUGAGGGAAUCUUUUAACCCUGAAAGCUAUGAGCUGGACAAGAACUUCAGGCUCACGCGCUUUGCUGAGCUCAAAGGCACAGGCUGCAAGGUCCCCCAAGAUGUGUUACAAAAGCUGCUAGAAACCUUACAGGAGAACCACUAUCAAGAGGAUGAACAGUUCCUGGGGGCAGUGAUGCCUCGAUUAGGCAUAGGUAUGGACACCUGUGUGAUCCCGCUCAGACAUGGUGGGCUUUCUUUGGUCCAGACAACAGACUACAUCUAUCCCAUUGUGGAUGAUCCCUACAUGAUGGGAAGAAUCGCUUGUGCCAAUGUUCUAAGUGACCUGUACGCCAUGGGAGUGACGGAGUGUGAUAACAUGUUGAUGCUUCUAGGAGUCAGCAACAAAAUGUCAGAGAAAGAAAGAGACAAAGUCAUGCCACUAAUCAUCCAGGGAUUUAAAGAUGCAUCAGAAGAGGCCGGCACAUCUGUAACUGGAGGACAAACAGUGCUUAACCCCUGGGUUGUGAUGGGAGGAGUUGCCACAACAGUCUGCCAGCCCAAUGAGUUUAUCAUGCCAGACAAUGCAGUGCCGGGAGACGUGUUGGUGUUGACCAAACCUCUUGGAACACAAGUGGCUGUUGCUGUGCACCAGUGGCUGGAUAUUCCUGAAAAGUGGAACAAGAUAAAGCUUGUGGUGACCCAGGAAGAUGUAGAGCUGGCCUACCACGAAGCCAUGAUGAACAUGGCCCGGCUCAACAGGACUGCUGCUGGUCUCAUGCACACCUUCAACGCCCACGCAGCCACCGACAUCACAGGGUUCGGCAUCCUCGGCCACGCUCAGACGCUGGCACGGCAACAGCGAAGUGAGGUAUCAUUCGUGAUCCACAACCUCCCAGUACUUGCCAAGAUGGCUGCCGUGUCAAAGGCCUGCGGGAACAUGUUUGGACUCAUGCAUGGCACCUGCCCUGAAACAUCAGGAGGCCUGCUUAUCUGUUUGCCUCGGGAGCAGGCUGCCCGCUUCUGUGCCGAGAUCAAAUCUCCAAAAUACGGAGAGGGCCACCAAGCGUGGAUCAUCGGGAUUGUAGAGAAAGGAAACCGCACAGCUCGCAUCAUAGACAAGCCACGAAUCAUAGAGGUGGCGCCACAAGCAGCCACGCAGAAUGUCAACCCAACACCCGGUGCAACUUCUUAAUCCUCUGUUUGCUGCAUCAUAGACCUGAACCCAAACACUCUGUUGAGAGAUUUUAGACACAUAAACUACAAAACCAUCCUAGAGUGUUAAAAUAUUUCGACAAAAUAUUGAAUACACAGCAAAAGACUGGGUUGGCGUGAAUCAACGUGGAAACAGCCCCACACAGUGGCCUCGGAGCACAUCGCCACCCAGUGGACUCAACUUGCAGUUUACCCAUGAUUAAAAAAAAAAAAUAGGCAAGAAAUAGAGCAUACUUAAAAUCCAUUUGCCUUUUGUGUCUCUUAUAUUAUGUUAAAUGUGCUUGACUGGCAGGCAGCUUCUGAUAAGAGAGUAAUAAUGAAGACAAUAAUCUCAUACUGUUGAUUCAUUUUGAAUCUUAGGAGGUCUGGAGUCUGUUGCCUCUUUGUCUCUUUUAAAAUUGCUCUCAUCGAACAGGCACACUGUGUGUUGGUGUUUUUGUUUGUUGUCCACUCACGUUGUACAGUUUAAAAGCCUAGUUUUAGUUCAUUGCUGUAUCUGAUGCCUCAAAAGACAGUGUGACCAGAAUGGCUUGUCUUUUUAUUACUUUGACUUUUUGUAUCGUCCCCACAUAAACUAAUAAAUAUUCAAAGUGAA